AUGGCAUCAUCUUCAGCCGAUUUCUUCGCUCGCGUUAGCGCAAGCUGCCAAGGUGACCUCAUCACCCAAGGCACAAACAGUAUAGAGUCGGCCGCCAUAAUAGAAGAAAAAUGCAACGACAUCGCCCGACGUAGAUACCCGACCGAGGCGAUCCGCCCUGUUCCAUUCCAGGGCGGAUGCUCCUAUUCGCUGCUUGCUGGCGAUUUCAAAGUGCUCCAAUAUCGUCUGGGCACCGACUUUCUGGAUUUGGACAUUAUCAAGCAGGCAAGACAGGUCUAUGCCGACCUAGUGCCAAACACGGAGUAUCUGGGGUCCGUCGAGGUGAUUGCUGUAGACCUGGCGAACCCAGUCAGCAUGAACCUUUACGUCCAUGACCGCAUUGGCGGUGUAUCCCUCGCCCAGUACCGCCUCGAAAGCCAGGAGAAAUCUCAAAACCGGCAGUAUGCCGAUAGGGAAGCUCUGGUCCGAGAUUUUGCCCGUUUCGUGGCGAAAGGGUGUAGCCAGAGAGUCGAAAGCCCUCCGCCGAGCCUCGGCCGCGUCGGUAGUUCGCUCCAGCACCGACUCGAGAUUCUUCGUGACAGACUACCCGAACGCUUUCAACCAUUCGCGAGGAGUUCCCUAGACCACCUGCGCGAGAUGAAGAGCACAACGUCUUGGGUCUUGACGCAUGGUGACGUCGUUCCCGGCAACAUCAUGAUCGAUCCUCAAGGUCCGCGAAUCUCGGGCAUUCUGGACUGGGCCGAAGCCGAGUGGCUCCCCAUGGGUAUCCAGCUCUACGGGCUCGAGGAGUUCCUGGGCGAGUCGACGGGAGGAGAUUCGAGCACGCAGUACCCGCCGCCCAUGAGCGUGUUUCGAUAUUUUGCAGACGUGCAGAAGUUAAGAGAGGCCUUUUGGGAAGAGAUGGACCUCUGCUGGGCAGGGGCACUCACGUCGACUCUUCACGAAGACCUCGCCAAGUACCGCGUGAUUGGAGUCUUGCUCUGGCAUGGCAUUGCAUGGGAUGGCGGAAAGCUCGAUCGAGUGGUCCAGGAGGGAAUUGACGAUGCUGAGAUACAGCGGCUUGACUUAUUCCUUCUGGGGAGAGAGGCUCCUCAGGAAGAUGUUGUCAACCGCGUCAAUAAAAUCUCAAACAAUCCCAAGCCCAAGCCCAAGCCCAUUGCGAUAGAGGGAUCAGAGGACUCCAUGUUGGACGAUGUCCUAGACGACGAAGACGCUGAAAUUUUCAGGCAGGAGAAUCCUAGCGAGCAAAAGCCUUCAUUAGGGCAGGCUCGCGUCAGCCAAGUUUCCGAAUCACGCGAAGCUGGGCGUGAGAAAAAACAUGGGUUCGGAAGACGACUGUUGAACUUUAUGACCUGCCGAGGCAAGUUGUGA